CUCUGCGGAAUCAGCAUGGCGGCCGGGACCCUGUACACGUAUCCCGAAAACUGGCGCGCCUUCAAGGCCCUCAUCGCCGCCCAGUACAGCGGGGCCCAGAUCCGGGUGCUCUCCACACCCCCCCAGUUCCACUUCGGCCAGACCAACCGCACCCCAGAAUUCCUCCGCAAAUUUCCUGCCGGCAAGGUCCCAGCGUUUGAGGGUGACGAUGGGUUCUGCGUGUUCGAGAGCAAUGCCAUCGCCCACUAUGUGAGCAACGAGGAGCUGCGGGGCAGCACUCCGGAGGCGGCCGCCCAGGUGGUGCAGUGGGUGAGCUUUGCCGAUAGCGACAUCGUCCCGCCAGCCAGCACCUGGGUGUUCCCGACCCUGGGCAUCAUGCACCACAACAAGCAGGCUACGGAGAACGCCAAGGAGGAGGUGAAGCGGGUCCUGGGCCUGCUGGAUGCCCACCUGAAGACCCGGACCUUCCUGGUUGGGGAGCGGGUGACGCUGGCGGAUAUCACGGUCGCCUGCACGCUGCUGUGGCUCUACAAGCAGGUUCUGGAGCCCCCGUUUCGCCAGGCCUUCCCCAAUACCAACCGCUGGUUCCUCACCUGCAUCCACCAGCCCCAGUUCCGGGCCGUCUUGGGGGACGUGAAACUCUGCGAGAAGAUGGCCCAGUUUGACGCUAAGAAGUUUGCCGAGAGCCAGCCCAAGAAGGAGGCUCCCAGGAAGGAGAAGGGGCAGCAGCGGGAGGAGAAGCAGAAGGCCCAGGCCGACAAGAAGGAGGAGAAGAAGGCGGCUCCGGCCCCCGAGGAAGAGCUGGAUGAGUGCGAGCAGGCUCUGGCCUCUGAGCCCAAGGCCAAAGAUCCCUUUGCUCAUCUACCCAAGAGUACCUUCGUACUAGAUGAGUUCAAGCGGAAGUACUCCAACGAGGACACCUUGACCGUGGCCUUGCCGUACUUCUGGGAGCACUUGGAUCGUGACGGCUAUUCCCUGUGGUACGCGGAGUACCGCUUCCCGGAAGAACUCUGCCAGACUUUCAUGAGCUGCAACCUCAUCACCGGAAUGUUCCAGCGACUGGAUAAGCUACGGAAGAACGCAUUUGCCAGCGUCAUCCUCUUCGGGACGUCCAACAACAGCUCCAUUUCCGGAGUUUGGGUCUUCCGGGGCCAGGAGCUGGCCUUCCCGCUGAGCCCGGACUGGCAGGUGGACUACGAGUCCUACACGUGGCGGAAACUGGAUCCCGGCAGCGAGGAGACGCGGAUCCUGGUCCGCGAGUACUUCUCUUGGGAAGGGGCGUUCCAGCACGUGGGAAAACCCUUCUGUCAGGGCAAGAUCUUCAAGUGAGCGCCGCCGCCGCCGCCGCCGCCUGCCCUCCUCCCCCGGGGAGGUAGCGGUCAUUAAAGGAAACCGAACACAAAA